AUGCAACGCCCUAUACGCGGCUAUCGUGGUGGUUCUCAUUUAGCUCAUGUUCAUCGCUCUAAACUCGAUGACGAUGACGAAGACGACACUGACAAUACUGAUAUUGAGAAUCGUUUAUGCGUAUCCAAUUCUAAUUCCGAAGAUUUCGAAAAUAACCAAAAUGAAAACAAAUCGCCAAUGAAGUCUCUAAGUUCAUCUGAAUCAUCAUCCAUCACCAUCAAUACUGAUUUCGAAGCAGCCAUUCGUAGUCUCCGUCCAUUAGCUAAUCAUCAGCAAAAGAACCGAGCCAAAGCAAGUACUAGUAACCAAAAAGCUGACUUACCUCAGUUGAAUAUGAGCGACGAUGGAACGGAUAAUUUGAACGAACUAGUAAACAAAAAACAAUCGGAAUAUUGGUUUCCAAAACCCGACAUUGGUCAUAUCGAUUCAACAGAUUUCAUUCGUCACAACCAUAUCGGAACGCAACAAAAAGGUGAACAGUCUCAUCCACCGACUUUAUUAACAACAAAGCCUCCUGCUGAUAUAUCAACACGCCCAACAGCAGUUGUUGCUUCGGCUGGUCCAACUCGAUCGGCGUCAGCACUCUUCACUUCAACUUCAUCAAUAAUGAAAGCAACUAAUUACAAUACUACGGAUCUUCGAGAUGUUUCCUCAUGUAGAACAAAUCAACAAUCAUUCAUAACAUCGUCCUUAGGUCGAACUGAUACAUCCGCAUUUCAACCCAUCAAUUCUUCGCAAAAUUCCUCAUCAAAUACAACAAACAAUGCAAGACAAGUCAAAUCCUCGUUAUCAUCAGCUGUAUCGAUCGAUAUACCAAAACAUAAACAAUUAGAACGAGGUCAAAGAUUGACACGCGUGCGAAUCUCUCAUCCUCAGAGUCCAUCAGUCGUUCAUCUCAUGUUACACGAAGAUUUCAAAAGAGCUUGUUGUCUCCUUCACAAAAUGGCAGCACAUUCGACAUUUCAGUCUAAUUCGACUACUGCUCGUGAAUAUCGCUAUCGACCAGAAGUCAAUCAAGUAUGUGCAUGUCUUCACGAAGGACGGUGGUUUCGUUGUCGUGUAUUGCAAGUGUCGUCAGAUUACUCAACAGUCACUGUUCUUUAUGUUGAUUGGGGUAUGAAGAUAUCUGUAGAGAACAAUCCGAAAUACAUUCGCCAUUUACCGAAUGAAUUCUACAGUGAACCAGCCUGCUCCAUCAUGUGUCACCUCGAUGGUGUAUUUGAAGAAGAUAAUGUCAUACCCUCUGAUGUCGCUACUCAAUGUAUUACACUACUUAGCGAAGAUGAAUACGAAAUUGUCGUCAACGAUUAUCAUAAUAUAACCGGUGGAAGAAUUUUCCUGUUUAUGAAAGGAAGAAAUAUUAAUGAAGAGAUUCAACGGUUAUUGACAGGCAGUAAGAAGGUAUUCAUGCCUGAAGAUAUCUUGAUGGAACAAUUUCAAUAUCAAAUGAAAUUAUCCGUUGGUAGCGAAUCCAAAGCGUUACUUAGUUCAUUUAGUGGAAAUGAUGAUUCCUUCUAUGUUUUACUUAUCAAUGAAAAUAGUAUUGUUAUCGAUCGAGCUAUGAAUGAAUUACAAGAACAUCAUAUACCAAAUCGAGAAUAUCUUCAAGUGCCUCAAGUUAAAACACUUGUUGUUGCUCGAUAUGCUGAUGACGGAAGAUACUAUCGUGCAUGGGUUAAAAGUAUCGACACCGAAAACGAACAAGCCACAGUUUUCUUUGUCGAUUUUGGUAAUGAAAGUAAAGUGUUAUUCUCAAAUAUUUACAUAUGUCCUGAAUCAGUUCGAACACUUCCGUGGCUUGGUGUUCGUGUUCGUUUAUCUAAUGAAACAAUGACCAUCGAAGAACUAUCUAAAUUCUGGAAAUUAACUGAAUCACAUUACAUAUGGAUACGUAUUAACGAAGUUCUCGAAGAUUCAUAUGGAGUACAAAUUAAAAUUGAUUAUUCAGUUCUCCUUCGACAUCAACGUACGAAAAUGUCGACAACGAAACGAUCUGUUCAUAAGAAUAUGCAGACACAAAUCGAUGACAAAUUGUCGUAUUCACGAAAUACUUCAGACAGAAAUUCAUGUUUACUGACACCAUCGAUGAUCGAUCAAAGUCAACUAACUAAUGAAAAUGUAUUUCGUAAUCUAAUCGAGAUGAUUAACAAUGAAUUACGUUCACUUCGCCAUCGAGUAAAUGAUAGUGACGAAGCAGCACAAGACCGACACAGUCAACUAAUGCAAUUCUUAUUUUCUAUCGUCAACUUCAAUAAUAAUAGUAAUCAUCAAAAACAAUCUGCUUGA